CAUCAGUUGUAUCUCAUCCGAUUAACAAGUAUCAAGAUGUUCAAGUUCGCAGUGUUGUGCGCUUUCCUGGCUGCGGCUACGGCCGAACCUAGUUCCAUUCUAUCGCCUUUGGGAUAUUCGGCUAACAUAGUGGCACCAGCAACGACUGUCGUCUCAAGCUAUCCCAACAACCUGUUCUACUCGUCGCCCUACUACUCGUCGGCACCUUUGGCUUACUCCACACCAUUGAGCUAUUCCCAUCUGAUCAAGAAACGUUCUGCUCCCUUAGCAGUGAGCAGCUACAUCGCGCCUUCUCCGUACUUCGCCUCUACACCUCUCGCUGCCUCUUACGCCUCUCCCUUGGCAGCGUCUUACGCCAUUAAUGCUCCACUGACUACUACUUAUACUGCGGCUGGUCCGUUGGCAUCAUCUUAUAUUUCUCCCUACUACGCAACUAAUGCCCAUCUGAUCAAGAAGAGGUCAGCUUCGUUCAUCGUACCUUCUUCAUACGUGGCACCUUACGCUUCUUAUCCUGCUGCAACUCCAUUUGUACCAUCAACCUACGCAGCAGCUGGUCCCUACGUGUCAACUCCUCUGAUCUCUUCCACUCCCUUUGGCUACACCCACUUCAUCAAGAAACGUUCUGCUCCUCUCGCUGUAGCAGCCUACGCUGCUCCUGCGGCUUUCUCUCACCAAUCGAGAUUUGACUACCGAUCCAACUCUCCUGCCAUCACUUAUUCUUCUUACUCACCCUUCGCCUACUCCAGCCCAAUUGCCGUUCCUCAUGUGUUCUAAUGGGACCCAUGUUCAAUAUGAACGGGGAUAUAUGUCAAUAAAUGUCAUUACAGAUCGAGAUGCCGAUGAAUAAAAAUCCAACAAAUAUUGUUGCAAAAUAAAUUUGUGGAAAA